AUUUCUUUAAAAUGGCGGGAGAAGGAGAAUCUGUGGAAAUCAUAACAGAAACAAUCUCACAAAAAGAUGAGACAGACAUUAGUCAUGUAAAAAACAGUGAUGAAAAUGAAAUGAUAAACUUAGAAAAGGAAUCGAUAUCAGAAAAAGUAGUGUCAGAUAAAAUUCCUGCAAUCGAAAAUGGCUUUCAUGAUGAAACUGAACCAAAUGAAGUUAAAGAUAACGAGGACACAUUAGAACAAAACUCUAGCACACAAGAUCAAAAUCAAACUGAACCUUCAGAGACUUGUGAAUCUAAGUCACCUAAUUCAAAUGAACGUUUAAUGAAACUGCCAUUAUCACGCAUUAAGGUGAUUAUGAAAACCGAUCCUGAUGUUACUUUAGCAAGCCAGGAAGCAGUUGUUGCACUUUGCAAAGCAACAGAGCUUUUUAUAGGAGCAAUUUCUAAAGAUGCAGUUGUAACCACAUUAAGCAGUAAACGAAAAACUUUGCAAAGAAAAGACCUUGAUGUUGUGCUUGAUUCUAGAGAUGGUUAUGCUUUUUUGGAAGGAACAUUAGAUUGAACAGUUGUUUAUGUACAUGUAGAGAAUAGGGGAAUAUAAAUAGACUUUAUCAAAACAUUUUUAUUCCAUGUAAAUGUAACAACUGAAUCUGAAUAAUAAUACAAGACAAUUGAUGUGAUUAAUGAAAACAUGAAAAUGUGAGAGCAAACAUUUUGUACUUUCUCUAAAUAUUUUGUGCAGAAAUGUAAAAGUAUGAAAUACUAGAAAAGAUGUGGAAGAAUAAAUAAAGCCCUAUUGAAAACUUG